GGAGGAGCUACCUCCGCCACGAGGGGGGACACCCUCCUGAGAGGGGAAGGGAGCGGGGCCUCAAGCGGCCACCGCUUGUUCCACACCACCACCAGUACAUCACACCGAGAUGUACUGGCCUCGGAUCCGGCACUUGACGUACAGGCUAUCCAUGGGGACUCGACACGAAGGUCAGCUACUCGCACAUCGAGCCAGGGACUCAAUGUGCAUACAUCACAUAGUGUUGUACUGGGAUCGGACGCAGUCACGGGCCGUACAUCCAGCGUUGAGCUCGAUGUACCACCUGUACCACGUGUGUCGAGCGAUCGACUCGACGUACAGAAUACAGGUGACCGUCGCAGCCAUGACCUUACUCGGGAAGCUAGUACCUCGCGCCGCGACGUACCAGCAUUGAACCGACCAGUGACUGUUGACGUGCUGCGUGAGGAGUGCUUCACCCUCCUUGCAGACCAACUUGACCUCGACCUCGACGAGGCUGAGUUUGCGGCGAGUGCUGGCGAGUGGGACAUUUGGGCUCACUGCAAGAGGUCAGCACUUAGCUGUGGGCAUGCCAUCGAGGAGAUGUCCCCGCGACCGAGGACAUAUUCUCGUGCAGCUCGUCGAGCAUGGGACCACUUCCAGAGGGAGCUGGAAGUGGUUCCACUCGAGUUCGACCCUCGACUCAUUGCACCACUUCCUAUGGAGAUGGUGCGACAUUGGGCCUACAACAAGCUGGGAUGUCGACCUCAGGAUGACUCCGACUGGUACAACUCCUCUGAUGAGGAGCCCCGUACCACAACUCGCGAGGAUUACUCUGACCAUGUUGAGUCAGAGUAUCUCUCCGAGUCUGAGCAUCAUAGCUCGUGGGAUUCUUCGGAUCCAGGUUCUGAGGGGACAAACUCAGUAGUAGUCUCUGACUACUAUGAGCAGUCCGAGAUGGAGGAUACCUAUAGUUCUUCUGCACUAUCUGCUGAAGAUGAGGGUAACUCCGAAGAUGCAGACUACUACUCAGAAUCCGAGUAGUAGUCUACAUGACGGUUGCACAACUUGGUCAAGUUGUGUAUGACAAUGGUGAACGGUCAUGUCUGCUCACUGACGCGAAGUAGCUUGUCGCUGUCUACAGUUCGACAUCACCUUUGUCUUGUCGCUACCACCGUUGGGUUGUUGCGUAUAUGUUUCCUUUCUUUCCUUUUUCUCUCUGUUUCUCUGGUUAUCACUGGGACCCGUGGUCGUGUCCAGUGGGGGAGGGUGUAACGGAUAUUCCCGUUACGGUAUGUCUUACCUUAUAUGUUUGUCUUUG